AUGAAAUCUUAUACCGUUGAACAAGUGCAAGCUCACAACACACCCAAUGACUGCUGGAUCAUCAUUGAUGGCAAAGUCUUUGAUGUAACUGCCUUCUUGAAUGAACAUCCCGGUGGCAAGAAAGUGCUGGCUAAAAAAGCAGGCAAAGACUGCUCCAAAGUAUUUAAGCAGUUCCACAAUGACAGUAUCAUGCAGCGUGUGGGUCUUGCCAUGCAAAUUGGUGUCAUUGGGUCUGCUCAAGUAGCUGAAGAGAAGGCUGCUGCUGCAGCUCCCAGAGCUCCUACUGCCCUCACUCCUGCUGCUGCGUCUCAAGGUUUGGCAGAUAAUCAAAUUGCUAAAUUUGGCGAGGGUAUUCCUUACGCUGACCCUUCAUGGUAUCAAGAAAUGAACAGCCCUUACUACAACGAAUCCCACAUCCGAGUUCGCAACGCUGUUCGUGAAUGGGUGGAUAAAGAGAUCAGUCCCUUUUGUCAUGAAUGGAGCGAGAAGAAGGAAAUUCCCAAGUCUGUGUUGAAGAGAGCUGCUCAAGUCGGUUUCCUCGCGGCUGUGUCUGGCGCUGCUCUGGAUCCCAAGAUGGCCCAUUUGCUGCCUUACGGAUUACCCGGAGGUGUCACACCUGCUGAAUUUGACAUUUUCCAUGAAUUCAUCUGUAUCGAUGAAUUAGCUCGAUGUGGCUCUGGCGGCCUUAUUUGGGCUUUGGAAGGCGGUCUUGCCAUUGGUCUUCCUCCUGUCAUGAACUUUGGCACCGACGAAUUAAAAAACAGAAUCGUUCCUGAAUGUCUUGCUGGUGACAAGAUCAUCUCUUUGUGUAUCACUGAGCCCUCUGCUGGCUCUGAUGUGGCUAAUCUUGCAACCACGGCUCAAGACAUGGGCGAUCAUUUCCUCGUCAAUGGCGAAAAGAAGUGGAUCACGCAAGGUGCUUAUGCUGAUUAUUAUACCGUAGCUGUCAGAACAGGUGAUGCACAAGGUAUGGCUGGUAUCUCUCUCUUGUUGAUUGAGCGCACCUUCCCUGGUGUCAAUGCAAGAAAGAUGGAUUGCCAAGGCAUGUGGGGUUCUGGCACCUCGUACAUCACUUUUGACGAUGUCCAUGUUCCCAAAUCUCAUUUAAUUGGCAAACUCAACGAAGGAUUCAAAUAUGUGAUGCACAACUUCAACCAUGAGCGCAUUGGAAUCGUAAUGCAAGCAAGUCGUCUCUCUCGUGUCUGCAUUGAGGAAUCACUCAAGUAUGCUUUGAAGCGCAAGACAUUUGGCCAGCGUCUCGUCGAUCAUGCUGUCUUGAGAAACAAGUUUGGGCACAUGAUCCGUCAAUGCGAAGCUACUCAUGCCUGGUUGGAGUCCAUACUGUAUCAAUACAAGACACUGCCUCAUGAUACUCAGGCCACUAUAUUGGCUGGCCCAAUUGCUUUGUUGAAAGCACAGUCAACACAAACAUUUGAGUACUGUGCUCGUGAAGCUGCUCAGAUCUUUGGUGGUUUGGCUUACACUAGAGGUGGCCAAGGUGAAAAGAUUGAGAGAUUAUACAGAGAAGUGAGAGCUUAUGCCAUUCCAGGUGGUUCAGAGGAAAUCAUGUUGGAUUUAGGUGUUCGUCAAGCCAUCAAAAAGUGCUCCAAGCUGUAA